UCACUCUAAGUCCGUUUCCCAUAUUUAUUCACCAGAUUUGUGUUGGGGGCCUUCUCAGUGCCAGGGAAGAGAGACAAGACCCUGCCCCAUGGCGGUGGAUGGACAAAGUGACGUCGUGCUGAGGGUGCGCAGGCCCCACAGCCUCCUGAGCGCUCACCAAGUGGGGUGAAGACUGUGUCCUCCAUGUGGUCUGGACGACCUUGGACCCCAGAUGACACCCAUGGCUUCAGGGGCCCUGAGCCUCCCUGCCUGUGGCCGUGUGGGCACCUCGCGCAAGACACUGAGGGUGAGCACCAAGGGAAGGGACACUUUGACCCUAAGGAGCCACAGUGUCACAGUCAUGGUGUCCCAGCUCACAGGAUAGUCCUGCCCAGAGCAGGUGCCCAGGGCUUGGGCUCUGGGCUCACUGGCGGCCCCUGGGAGGAAGGCAUGUUAUUAAUACUCGGGCCCAGCCUGGAACAUGGUGUAUUUUGAAAGACGUCACUGGAAAGGCCAGUAUGGGGGCGAGGCCAUCCCCACGCCAGGCGCUGGCGGGAGCCCCAUCCGGGCCUGGUGUGUCAGCAGUCUCGGCACAGGAGAGGAUGACCAUGAUUUUCCAUUGCGGAGGUCUGAGCUCAGAGGGAGGCUGGCUGGGCUGGGCCGGAGUCCAGCCGGCUCUUGGCUUGGACACAGCUGCCAUGGUGUCCUGCCCUCCACGAGGAGGUAGAGGAAGGGCCCCGGCCAGAGCCCUCCAUGGGGCCGUAGCCCACGGUGGGGAGGGGACCUGACUGCCCCACGUUCCAGGGCAAAGACCUGCACGGCUGCACUUCCAGCCUCAUCCAGCCAGCCCCGGGCCGAGGCUCUGUCCUCGGUGCAGACGUGGACACUGCCCUUCAGGCACUCUGGCCGGCUGGGGAGACCUAGGGACGUGUAACUUAUGUGGGACAGACAGAGGGUAAGGCCCAGGUGCCGUGGCCACAAGAGGGAGAAGGAGCAAUCAGGAAGGCUUCCUGGUCGCAGCGGCACAGUGGCAAUAGCGCCCCCUGGAGGCUGCUCGUAUAUGCAAGUACCUACAGCUCUGUGGACACAGGAGAAGAGGGGGUGUCCCAGCAAGGGGGUGGGCAGCAGGUAGGCCAUGCCUACAGGCCGGGAGACUGCCCACAGACCACCUUUCCUCAGGGCCCGGGGUCGGGUAGGGGGCACUAUGCAGUCUUAGUUCAGCCUUUGCAGAGGUGAGAACAGAGUCAGAGAAGAAAGACAGCUGCAGUGCCCCCCACUUCCUUCCAGGGUGCACGGCGCCCGGGGGUCACAGUCUGCAACCAUUCCCUUCCCCAAUUCCACGUUCCCAGGAAGAGACCCCGACUGGACUGACUGGGACCCACCAGUUAGGGCCCCGCGGGCAGGCUGUGGGCUGGGGAGGGGGGCAAACCCGCCCAGAGGGGUCCCCAGAAACACAUCAGGAGGACGAAGACACAGAAGGAGCUCUCCCAAGAUCAAGCCGGGGCGAGAGGAAGCCAGAGCAGCUGCUCAGGGAGGACAGAUGGAGCCCAGAGCGCCCCGGGACAACGGCCUGCAGCUGCCCGCGGGAGAGCAAGGGGCAGAGGCCAGGCCUUCACAGACUGCCCUCCGCCCCCAGGAUCCGCGGGAUCUGCACAGAGUUCACCAUCCUGCCCUGCGCCCCGGCAGGAUUCUGGAUGCAUUUAAGUGGUUCCCACCCAAAAGCUGGCCCAGAAUGGGGGUGGGGAGGAAAGGGGCCAUGGGGAAUCAAUGAGAGGUCAGGAGGAGGGACAGAGGCGUCUGUCUCCCCUCCAGGCCCCAGGCCACCUGGGCUCUGCCUGACCCAAUCUGUGAAGGCUGUCUCAAAUGCCACCCCCUCCAGGAAGCCUGCUCUGACCCCAUGGGCCCCCUUCCCACUUCCGCACACUCAGGUCAUUCGCUUGCGCCUGUGUCAUCCUAACUGGGGCUGCCCACUGGAGGUGCGGUGCUGAGUGAGGGACAUGGACCGGCGACCCCAGUAGCUUCCUAGCUCCGGAGUUGUGGCAAGUGAGGCUCCACCCCAGCUGUCCCUCUCCACUUUGAGUGUUCUGGGGGGGGCCUGCCCCGUGAGGAGGAGGAGCCCGGGGUAGGGGUCUGGCCUCUGAAGCCUCGGGCCCAGAAGUCAGGGUGGAGGCCCGGCCCUAGCCGGGAAGCUCUGAGGUGCUCUAGUGGGAGCAGCUGGCCUGGGGGAGGGCUUAAAACUCCGGCGGGCGGGCAGGUGCUGGCGUGGAGGUGGGAGCACAGAGGACCUGCCUGCCCUCCUCCCCCAUCACCAUGUGGCCCUUCCUCAGCCGUGCUCUCUUCCCACCCCCCAGUGAGGCCUGGCUCCAGAAAGCUUCCUCAGACCCUGAGGCCCAGGGCUGGGGGGCCUGGAGCCGGACAGAGAAGACCCCUCUGGGCUCAGGGGGUGGGGGCGGGAAGGAAAGGAAGACAGGGGAAGCGGAGGGAGAGGACGCGGAGGAUGCCGGCAUCCUGCUGUCUCUGUUGGAGAGGGCGGACCUGGCCGAGUGUCCGGGACCUGACCAGGAGCUGGAGGCCAUCAGACUGAAGCUGUGGGCCAUGGAGCAGGCCCAGGGGCAGGAGCCACCUGGGGUGCAGGGCCAGGAGAGGGAAGAGGAGGGCCCCGGGGCUGGGCCAGUCCGGCAGCCGCUGAGCCCUGAGCCAGACACCCCGGCAGAGAAGACGGAGGCCGACCACAGAUCCGUCUACGUGGGCAACGUGGACUACGGGGGCACAGCCCAGGAGCUGGAGGCCCAUUUCAACCACUGUGGGGAGAUCCACCGGGUCACCAUCCUGUGCGACAAGUUCUCCGGACACCCCAAGGGCUAUGCCUACAUAGAGUUUGCCACCGAGAGCUCAGCCCAGGCUGCCGUGGAACUAGACAAGAGUGUCUUCCGAGGCCGGGUCAUCAAGGUGUGUGUCCCCCACCAGUCACCGCACGUCGUGGGGUGGGAGGCUCUGCCUGAGCAUCUUUGUUAACCCAUUAAUCCCCAAGGGGCCGGGAGAGGCAGGCACGAAGAGGCUGAGGCACCAACCAAGGACACACAACUGCCCCAGCCUGACACUUCUCCAAUCUCCAGUGUGGGUUUGGCCUGGGUGUAGCUCUGGGGAGGCUUCCUUCCCGAACCAGAC